UUAUCUGGAUCUGUAGACUAGCCCCCAUAUAAAAAAUAGUGACUGGGGCUAUUCCUGUCUUGGACUUGGUUUGGAUGAAGAUAGCAAGAAAAGCACUGAGAUGCAGAUGCUCAGAUUUUAGGAUUGACCUGCCUAUAUUAUGAGAAGUGUUUGAGGAGUAAUGAGAUGGAGAAUCACAGGGUUGCUAAUGGAGUUUCUUCAGGUGGUCCACCAAAUGGAAUGAGCCCCUUAAGCCUAAUUGCAGUGAAUGGAAUUCUCACUCCAUCUCCAACCCCAUCACCCGAUGAACUUGUCAUUCGUUCACGGGGAAGGCGUCAAGCACCUGAGACAUGGAGCCCCAUUGCAGUGAGACAAGCCAAGACCAUACCAACACCAAAGAAGGGAUCUGGAACAAGGAUGAGUCCUCGGAAGCACUUGCUUCUGACUGACUGCAAGGAACAUGAACUCACUUCUACAAAUGCCAUUUCUGCAUUUGCUGCCAGAAUGGCCUUGUUGAAUGGUGCAAAGAAGAAAGCUAAGGUGUCCCACCAUCAAGAAUCAAUUCCUUCUACCUCUAUUCGAAGUGCAGCAAAGGCUCUGUCUCAUCAGCAGCUGGUUGAACUCCUUACCACAUUGAUCACAAUACAUCCUGAGCUUAAGCCGUGA